CUUGGAACACGCGGACGGGGCGGGGAUGCUGCUGUCCAAGAUCAACUCCCUGGCCCACCUGUGCUCGGCGCCCGGCGGGGAGCUGCACCCGGUCAAGCCGCUGCCAGGGAAGGAAAAGGAGCCCCUGGAGAAGCUGUACCAAGUGGGCCCGCUGCUGGGCAGCGGCGGCUUCGGCUCGGUCUACUCGGGCACCCGGCUGGCAGAUGGCGCUCCGGUGGCCAUCAAGCAUGUGUCCCGUGACCGCGUCUCAGACUGGGGAGAACUGCCUGGCGGAACGAGAGUGCCCAUGGAGAUCUUGCUCCUGAAAAAAGUCAGCUCGGGAUUUCGAGGGGUGAUCCGGCUUCUGGAAUGGUUUGAGAGGCCGGACAGCUUCAUCUUAGUUUUGGAACGCCCGGAUCCUGUGCAGGACCUCUUUGACUUCAUCACCGAGCGAGGGGCUUUGCCUGAGGAUUUGGCCCGCAGUUUUUUUUGUCAGAUUUUGGAGGCGGUUCGGCAUUGCCACAGCUGUGGGGUGCUCCACCGGGAUAUCAAGGAUGAGAAUAUCCUGAUUGAUUUGAGCAGAGGAGAGCUAAAACUUAUAGACUUUGGAUCUGGAGCACUGCUCAAGGACACAGUGUACACUGACUUUGAUGGGACUCGGGUAUACAGUCCCCCAGAAUGGAUCCGCUACCACAGGUAUCAUGGCAGAUCUGCAGCCGUCUGGUCACUUGGAGUAUUACUAUAUGACAUGGUCUGUGGUGACAUCCCCUUUGAGCAUGAUGAGGAGAUUGUAAGAGGUCAGGUCUAUUUUCGGCAAAGGAUUUCUCCAGAAUGCCAGCAUCUUAUUAAGUGGUGUUUGGCUCUGAGGCCUUCUGACAGACCAUCCUUCGAAGAUAUUCUGAACCAUUCUUGGAUGCAAGACGUCCUCCUGCCUCAGGAAACUGCUGAGAUCCAUUUGCACAGUCUAAUUCAAGAGUCUAACAAAUAGCAGAGUAUUUAAUCUGUUUGGGUGCAAAACAAAGUUCUGCCCUACUGAGUGGGGAUUUUUACAGGGACAGCAUUCAUCUCAUUCCAGAUCCAGUCUGCCUGGAAACUUUUCCAAGCCUGAAGAAAUCUCAUACUGGUGUGGACUUGAACUCUCAGGAUUCCACCUUGCAAAUCUCCUUGCCACUAGGUGACUUGGGCAAGUCAGUGAGUGUCCAUAACCUGCUGAAUCGGAUCCUAGAAUAUGAAAUGAGUGGAACAGAAAGAUAGAGCAGAUGUUUCCGUUGGGGAAAUCUAGGUAUGGGAGCAGGGAGGGAAAGUAUUGAUUUGGAUUGGCUUCCUGUCUUCACUGUGUCACCAUGUUCCGAGUGCCUUCAGUUGCAAACUGAGCUGUGCUGGGAGGGAAAAUACUUGAAUGUUCCUUCACUGCUGCUGUCUCAAGAUUCAUCUGGGUUUGGGUUUUAUUCCAUCUUCCAAAAAGAACAUC